AUGUUACAUUAUGUUACGAGAAUUAUAAAUUAUAAGAACUUAGAUCAUCCUAAUAUUGUAAAAUUUUACGAAGUUUACCAAAAUAAUCUUUUUUAUUAUAUAUGUAUGGAAUAUUGCGAAGGAGGGGAACUUUUAGAUAGGAUUAUUGAGACAGUCAACCAUAUGCAUUCUAAAGGGAUAGUUCAUAGAGAUUUAAAACCAGAAAAUAUCCUUUUUACAACCCUAAAUACAGAAGUUAAAAUUUGUGACUUUGGGCUUUCCAGUUUUUAUGAAAAAAAAAAAGAUUUAAAAACUGUUGUUGGAUCUCCUUUAUAUGUAGCUCCGGGUGUUUUAUAGGGAUAAUAUGAUGAAAAAUGUGAUAAUUGGAGUCUAGGAGUUAUUUUAUAUUUAAUGUUGGUUGGAUAUCCACCUUUUUAUGAUGAUAAUAAGUAGUUAAUUUAUCAGAAAAUUAAAAACGGGGACUAUGAGAUGAAAGGAUAUGAAUGGAGCCUUAUUUCCGAUAGUGCUAAGGAUUUAAUUAGAAAACUAAUAAUAGUUAAUAGAAAGGAAAGGAUAUCGGUAGAAGAAGCUUUAAAUCAUCCUUGGAUUAAAAAAUAUUAGUAAAAUGAAGAGAUUUAAGGAGUUUUUACUUUGUAGAAUUUAGAUAAAAAUGGUGAAUGUAAUUAAGUUUUGUCGAAUUUAAUAAUUAAUUAUUCGAAUAUUUCAAAAUUAAAAAAGGAGUUUAUGAAGAUUUUAAUUAAUUAAUUUAAUGAAUAUGAAAUUGAAGGACUUAAAAAUAUUUUUAAGAAAAUCGAUAAAGAUUAGACUGGAGUUAUUACUUUAAAAGAACUUAAAGCUAUUAUGUAAUAGGAAGGAUUUAAGUAAACUAGUAUGAAGAAUUUAUAAAAUUUAAUUAAGAAUAUUUCAGGAGAUAGUAACAAUAAAGUAAUUAAAUAUUCAGAAUUCAUUGCUGCGGCUUUAAAUUAAAUUAAAUAUUUAAAAGAAGAGAAAUUAUGUUCGCUUUUUAAAUAUUUUGAUCCGUCAGAUACUAAUUAUAUUUCUGUUUUGGAUUUAAAAGAGAUCUUUUUAAGAAACGGAAGAGAUGUUUCUAUUGAAGAUAUUAAAAGCAUGCUUAAAGAAAUUAAGUUAAAAAAUUAAGAUUAGAUUUCUUUUACUGAAUUUAAAAAAUUUAUGAUUGGAUAAGAUUUAGAUUAUUAAAAAUGA